AUGGCGUUGCUAAUGACUCAAAAUAAUGAGUUGAAAAUGAGAGACGAAAAUAAUAAUAAACGGAUUUCGGACCUAGAGAACAAGCAAAAUCAGUUGUUUGCAUGGUUUUUUCAAAGAUUUCAGCCACAACCACCAUAUAGCCCGGGAACCCAACAAUCAGGCCACAGUCAACCUCCUCAACAGUCGGGCCAAAGUCAGCCUCCCCCUGCAUAUCCGUAUGCUGGCCAUAAUCAGCAACCUCUAUAUCCUGUGUAUCCGAUGCCUGCGCAGCCCAUGCCAUACAUGCAGCAGCCGCCCAUGCCAUACAUGCAGCAGCCGCCCAUGCCAUACAUGCAGCAGCCACCUUAUCAAGUGCCAGUAUAUCGACCUGAGAUGGCUGCUCCUAGUGGAUCUUUUCCUGAAGUUCUAGUUGGGGGGUUUUCUGGAAUGCUUGCAGGUGUUGGAUUUGAUGUGGACUUGUCGAGGAUUUUUGGAUCAGAUGGAGGAUCUCAAGAAGGAGGAUCUCAAGGAGGAGGAUCUCAAGGAGAAGAUUCUCAAGCAGAAGGAUCUGGACGACGUUCAGGCGCAGAUUCGGUUGGGUAG